AUCACAUACACAAUAUUUCACAAUCACCAUUGCCAAUUGUAUUCAACACACACAACAUCAUGGAAAACCAACAACAACAACAAUCUACAACAACAACCUUAGUUACUAUGAUGCCAAGUCCUGGCAUGGGACACCUUAUUCCAAUGAUUGAGUUUGCCAAAAGGCUUACCCACAAUGACAAUACUAUUAAUGUUCAUUUCAUCAUCCCUUGUGACGGCCCUCCUUCCGCCGCGCAAACCACCGUCCUCCGCUCCCUCCCGGCUACCAUCUCCCACACUUUCCUCCCUCCAAUUUCCCUCUCUGACCUCCCUUCAGACACCAAGAUUGAGCCUCUUAUCUCUCUCACCGUGGUUCGCUCCCUUCCUUCCUUACGUCAUACCCUCGCCUCCCUCGCCUCCUCCGGCCACCGUGUAUCUGCCCUCGUCGUGGACCUCUUCGGCACCGACGCAUUCGACGUUGCCGAUGACCUUAACAUUCCCUCUUAUGUGUACUACCCUUCAACUUCCAUGCUCUUGUCCUUCUCCUUCUAUUUACCACAAUUAGACCAAAUGGUUCAAGGUGAAUAUAGAGACCUAAUUGAACCGGUUCAAAUUCCGGGAUGUGUUCCGGUUCAUGGAAAGGACUUGACACACCCGGUUCAAGACCGGAAUGAUGAGGCCUACAAGUGGUUACUCCACCAUGUAAACCGGUUUAGAAGGGCAGCCGGAUUUAUAGAGAAUAGUUUCUUUGAACUUGAACCGGGUGCUAUUAAUGAGCUACAAAAGGCAGAUUCAGGUAAACCUCCGGUUUAUCCGGUUGGACCAUUGGUAAAUGUAGAAAAUGGUCGAACCGGUGAUAAAGAUCAUGAGUGUUUGAGGUGGUUGGAUGACCAGCCACGUGGCAGUGUUUUAUUCGUUUGUUUUGGAAGUGGUGGGACCUUGUCUAGUGCCCAAAUUGAUGAGCUGGCACUAGGUUUGGAGAAAAGUGGACAAAGAUUCUUGUGGGUUGUGAGAAGUCCAAAUGACAAGGUUGCAAAUGCAUCUUAUUUCAAUGCUCAAAGCCAAGCUGACCCUUUUGACUUCUUGCCCAAAGGAUUUGUUGAGACAACUAAAGGGAUGGGCCUAGUAGUAUCAUCUUGGGCCCCACAGGCCCAAGUCUUGGCCCAUGAGUCCAUUGGUGGGUUUAUAACCCAUUGUGGUUGGAACUCUAUUUUAGAAAGUGUGGUCAAUGGAGUACCCUUGAUUGCAUGGCCUCUUUACGCUGAACAAAAAAUGAAUGCGGUUUUGGUCACCGAAGAUACCAAGGUGGCAUUGAGACCAAAAAUUGGGGAAAAUGGGUUGGUGGAAAAAGAAGAAAUUGCUAGUGUUGUGAAGAAUUUAAUGGAGGGUGAAGAAGGAAAGAAACUUCGUCAUAGAAUGAAGGAUCUUAAAGAGGCAGCUACUAAAACUCUUGGAAAAAAUGGAGCUUCAACAAAGCAAAUUGUGGAGUUGGCUAACAAGUGGAAGGGUCAAACAAGUGUAUAGGUCAAAAUUAUUGAAAUUGAUCCAUGGUGGCUUAUUAGCUUCUUAUUAAUUAUUUAAUUUCUUUUUGUCUUA